AUGGAAACAAAAGCUAGUUAUUACAAUCACAAAUUCAAUUUAGCAAAGUUCAUAAGCAAAGAUAACUCUUUCAAAAACAAAUGCUCACCUGAAAGCCAAUACCUCAUCUGCAACUGCCUUCGUAGCUGGAAGCGGAUCCUCCACAACACUCUGAAGGUUCUUCAAGUUUGCCGAGAAUCUCACGUGGACGUGAGAUUCUCGGCAAACUUGAAGAAUCUACCUCCAGUGCAAAUGCAAAUCCACGUGAGAUUCUCGGCAAAUCCACUCGGCAGCGAGGAGCUCCCUGACCCGCUCCUCCGUGACGGUUUGAGAGGAGGAGUUCCCGACGGCGGCCUCGAACUGGUCCACUGUGGCGAUGACCUCAUCGAAGGCGAGCGCGGGGGACCCUCCCUCGUCGACCGUGCGGCGCGCGUGGCCGUUGGGGCGCGCGAAGAGCGCCCUCGCCGCGGCGUCGAAAUCGGACGCGGAGACUGCGAGGAAGGCCGCGACGGCGAUGUGGGCGGCGGCGAUUGGGGAGGCGGAGACGGGGGCGAGGCCAUGAGUUGGAGCGUGUCGAGAGGAUGCGGAUGCAAGGUUGGGAGCGCUCGGCGUUGGCAACUACGGCAUCGGGGACUCCGUCCGCCUCGCUGCUUUCGCAUUUGUGGCUACCCCGCAUUUGGUGGCGGCGCGGUGGGGUGGAACUGGGCGGUACAGCUGUAA